AUGUCUCUCUCAGUCCUCACAGAUGAGCAGAUCAGACUGCUGCUCGAAUCCCUGACCGUGGACGAGCUCGAAACCUUCUAUGUGAACCUCAAGGGCGCACUCCAUGACUACUCAAACGGAUCCCAGGUAGCCGGAGAGUCCGACAUCCACCAACCUCAUCGACAAUCCGUCAAUUCAUCCAGGACAGGCGCUACCACUCUGUUCAUGCCCUCGAGUAGCCCUGCUGGCGUCGGUGUCAAAGUUAUCACCCUUUCACCACCCCAGUCAAAACAAGAUGAAGCGGGAGGGAAGCCCAAGAUCAAACCCGUUGGCGCUAUCACCCUGUUCUCAGAAACGGGCCAGCCCGUCGGUAUCCUGCAUGCCUCAACGCUGACGGCAUUUCGGACGGCCCUAGCAUCAGCCUGCCUGGUGGUGCGACGCAACCGCAUCCAGACGGUCACGGCCUUCGGGUCCGGCGAGCAGGCCUACUGGCACAUCCGGCUGGCGCUCAUGCUGCGCGGCAGCACCAUCCGGCAGGUCAACGUCAUCAACCGGCGCUUCUCGGACUCGUGCAAGUACAUCCUCAAGCGGCUGUACGCGGUGCCAUCCGCCGUCAAGGAGCGCGAGGGCUGGCAGGACGCCCAGUUCGGCAUCCUCACGCCCGGGUACGGCGAGUUCAACCGCCUGCUCAAGGAGCAGGUCCGCGCGGCCGACGUCAUCUUCUGCUGCACGCCUAGCAAGGAGCCGCUGUUCGACCACACCAUCCUCACCAACAGCGACGGCCGCCGCAAGGGCCGCCUCAUUGUUGCUAUCGGCAGCUACAAACCCGACAUGCUCGAGAUCCCUCUCGAGGUGGUGCAUCAGGCCGUCAAGACGCAUGAGCCGGGCCAUAGGCACUUCCACAAGCAUGCCACUGAGGGCGGCGUUGUCAUCGUCGACACCCUGGACGGGGCGCUGGAGGAGGCCGGCGAGAUCAUACAGGGCGGACUGACUCCCAAGCAGCUUAUUGAGCUCGGUGAGCUCGUCAUGCUCCAUCGCAUAAAGAUGGACGAGGAGUCAUCCUCAGACGACACGAGCAGCCUCGUCUCCAGCAGCGGGGCCAGCACGGCGCCGUCCUCGGACUUCGAGAAGCUCGACCUCAGCUCCGGGCCGUCGAUGACGUCCGUCUACAGCGGCACCAACGACGAGCCGGACAGCCGCUCGCCCAGCCGGCCGUCGAGCCGCCCGGGCUCGCUGUUCCACCGGCGCAAGACCAGCCAGAGCAGCAGCUCCGCCGACGGCGGCAAGAAGAAGAAGGAGCGCGAGGACCACAUGUGCCGGUGGCUGCAGGCUGGUAACGUCAUCUACAAGAGCGUCGGCCUGGGGCUCAUGGACCUCACGGUCGGGAUGUCGGUCAUUGAGUUUGCGCGGGAUAAGGGUGUAGGCACGCACGUGGCUGGCUUCUAG